GGUGAGAGGCGAGAAAGGGACAAAGGAGCCCCCGAGCCGCCGGAGCGCCGAGCAGCAGGCGCAGGCGCAGUGGCCGCUCCCUGCCUUUAAAGAGCCCAGGGCGGAGAAAGCCGGCGCCGCGCUUAGCCUGUGCCUGGUACUGCCCACUCCCUUCUCAGUCCGGCCCCGAGAGAGCCUUCGUCCUGCGGUCGCAGAUACUGACGUCCCACUAACUCUCGCCGUCGGCGCGGUGCUGUCCCGCUGCAGAAGGACAGGCAGCUUAGCUGGAGGAGCCGUCCACGGGAACGGGAAAGGUCGGCACCAGAGUGUGGGUCGUGACUGCUUCCGGCAGGCUUGAUUACACUGCCUUUCAAUAAAAUCUCCCGUGUCCCGUCACACGUAACCGGGAGGAGUGCCGUGUGCCCGCAGCUCCGCACCCCGCGGAGCCCCCGCUGCAUCUCGCAGCCUGCUGGAAAGAGAAGCAGUCGGCAGCGCGGCCAGUUCUCCGCCAUUCAACCGUCCACUCCCGACGGCUAUAAACCUGCCUUUGCUUCCCUGAAGCGCGGGAAGUCGCUUGGGCUUCCUCCCUGCCCCAGCACUGCGCACGCCGGUGUCUCCUCGGGGCCCAGCCCACGCUCAGCUUCUCCACCCUUAGUGGUCCCCAGGGGAAACAAACAAGGAGGCUGAUUCCCGGCGGGGGAAGGAUGGAGAAGCCCUUCCAAGUAGUGAGACAGCCAAGGGGGAAGUGAUGGUUCUCUGGGAUGGAGAGAGCAUGGGCCCCAAUAGGCGCGGAGGGGUCGGGGGCAGGCCUGGCUGAAAGGUCCUGCGUCGGAGGGCACGGCUAAGCCCACGCCUAGAUAAUUGGUGUCCUUCGGGAAGGUGUCGCAGAUAGGCGUGCUGAGGAUGGGGGAGGGUGGCCCGGGUUGGGUCUGUCGUAGUUGGAGGAGAAGAGCCAGGGAAGCACGGAGUGGGGCGGGGCCCGGGUGGGGGAUGGGAGCUCUGCUGAAGGGGUGUCGCGGUGAGGAUUGGGGGGAACAUUCGGGGUUACUGCGGGCGGAGCGCGGGCAGUGGGCGGGGCAGCCCCUCCCGGAGGCGGUGUAGUGUCCCAGGCCCCCACGGAAGCUCCGCCCGCCCUGUCAUUCACCGCCCGGGGGAGACGCUCCAGCUCCAGGGAGGCGGCGGUGGCGCCUGGAGCCGGCCGGGCGGCUCCCUUCGCGGGCAGGUAGAGGCUGUGGCGGCGCGGCCGGGCCGGGCUCUCUGGAGCGGCAGCGAGAGGGUUAAGAGCGGGGGAAGGGGAGGACUGGGGUGGCAAUCCAGCUCCGCAUGAUCCUCUCCGCAGUUUGCGAGUGGCCGCGCAGUCAUCACCAAAGACUGGGGCACCCCGUUCCUGCCCACGCCCCCCAGCCACGCGCGCCUCCCGCCCCGCGCCUCGCUAAGCUUCGGUCGCUACCCGUGCCGGACUCCGCGCUGCUGUUCGCGCGGUCCCGCUCCGCCACUCUGAUCCGUUACGGGUUUUCUGGCCACCCGACUGAGUCCGGGCUGGUGCGCCGAUCCCGGGCUCGGGACUCCGAUCCGCGUUUUCGAGGCUGCCCCUUGCAAGCGAGUCUCGCGAGCCCAGGCUCCGCCGCGGCCAAUGGGAAAGCGUCCCUCGCUCUGCACAGCCAAUGGAGCACUGCCCCCGCCGCCCUUUGGGCUGCAGCGCGCUGAGAGCUCCGAGCGGCGCCUCCAUUUAAAGGGGCCGCGACCCGAAUCCGGUCUCUGAGUAGAGCGGGCGGCGCAGCGCCGGGGAGCAAGUUGUCAUCUUCUAAAUGGAUUCCAGUGAAUUUUCAGGAUCUUUGGACCCCCUGUCCUUGCCUGACAAACCACUUAUUGGUGAUCUCCCUGCUGACGUGGAGUUUGGGGAAGAUCUCCUGGGCUCCCAAACAGCUUCUACACAGGAAGCUUCAGUUCUUCAGCCCUCUAACUGGAAUCAAUCCAAGCAGAUGAGUGCAGAUGGGGACUUGGACGUUCUAGUGAAAGCAGACAGCCUGUCUGACCUAAGCAAAUCAAAAGACCUCGUGCUAGACAAACCUAGUGUCUUGGAUGAGCUUGAGAAAGCUGAUGUCUUAGGUGACUUGGAUAAAACUGCUGACUUGAUGGAGCUAGAUAAAUCAGAGGGUCAGGAUGUGGAGGAUAGACUGAUGGACUCCUCUUCUUUCUCUAGAGAAGCUCUUGUUCCAGAAACAUGGAAAGAGGGGGAGGAUGCACCAAAAAAUGAUUCUGGGGGCCUAAAAGAAGAUGCUGCUGCUAUUCCUGCUAUUCCUUUGUCUCUUGGCAAAGUCUGUGAAUCACCCCACCAGCCUAUUCCUGACUUCAGGAACCUCCGUAGUGCCCUAGACACAGAAGAAAUUGCAGCAAAAUCCUCAAGUCCAUCCAUGCCCCCUUCCCAACUCAGUCUUAAACAGACAAAGAAGACACGGUUGAAGGCCACAAGGAAAAGCUCAUCUAUGCAGAGGGAAGGGCUGACAGGGGAAGCAGAGGUGGAACUGAACCCAGACAACAAUGCUGCCACUUUGCCCCCUGAGUCCAGAGAGGAAAACCAGACAGAGCAAGGGGAUGAUGGUGGCAACAACUUGCAUAAAGGAAGCAGUGCGCUAAAAGCACAGGAUGCCUCACCACCAUCAGGAGAAGGGCUGUCUGGGAAAGGAAGUGAACUGCCUGCUGAGAAGGAGCAGAAAAGAAGUGAACGAGCCAGAAGAUCUGAAACUGCCAGGCCUGAAACUGUGAACUCCUCCGAGAGCAUCCCGGUGUCUGAUGAGGACUCUGAUGCCAUGGUGGAUGACCCCAAUGACGAGGACUUUGUUCCCUUCCGCACACGGCGCUCGACCCGCAUGUCCCUGCGCUCGCAGGUGGCCCAGCGCGCUGCCCGCUCCACCCUCACCAAGAUGACCUGUGCCAACUGCCGGACCCCACUGCAGAAGGGCCAGACUGCCUACCAGCGUAAAGGGCUCCCUCAGCUCUUCUGCUCCAGCUCCUGUCUCACCACCUUCUCAAAGAGACCACCUGGCAAGAAGAUCUGCACCUUCUGUAAAAAGGAGAUCUGGAACUCCAAGGACUCUGUCGUUGCCCAGGUUGGUUCAGGUGGCUCUUUCCAUGAAUUCUGCACAUCUGUCUGCCUCUCCCUCUGUGAAGCCCAGCAGCACAGACCCACACCUCAGUCUGCAGAUUCCUUGGACACCAACCGCUGCAGUGUCUGCCACAAACCUGGCGAGAUCCAGCAUGAAGUCAGCAAUGGAAAUGUGGUUCACCGCAUCUGCAGCGAUGCCUGCUUCACCAAGUUCCGGGCCACCAAGGGGCUGAAAACCAACUGCUGUGACAACUGUGGACUUUAUAUCUACAACAAGGGCUUUCCCCUCGAGUACCUCUUCCACGAGGGCCAGCAAAAACGCUUCUGCAACUCUGCUUGUCUCAACAGCUACAAAAAGAAGAACACUCGAGUCUUCCCAUGCGUGUGGUGCAAGACACUGUGCAAGAAUUUCGACAUGCUGCCCAAUGUGGACCGAAGUGGCAGGAUGGGCCUAUUCUGCUCCAUCUGCUGCACUACCUCCCACAAAGUGAAGCAGUCAGGCUUGGUUGGUCCCCCUAGACCCUGCAGCUUCUGCAGAAAGAGUUUAUCCGAACCCUGCUAUUACAACAAGACAGACCGGGUUGUCUACCAGUUCUGCAGCCCUAGCUGCUGGACCAAAUUCCAGCGCACCAGCCCGGAAGGUGGGAUUCACCUCAACUGCCAUUACUGCCACAACCUGUUCAGUGGGAAGCCGGAGAUCCUAGAUUGGCAGGACAAGGUGUAUCAGUUCUGCUGCAAGGACUGCUGUGAUGACUUCAAGCGGCUGCGUGGGGUGGUGUCUCAGUGUGAACACUGCAAGCAGGAGAAGCUGCUGCAUGAGAAGAUCCGCUUCUCUGGAGUGGAGAAGAACUUCUGCAGUGAAGGGUGUGUGCUUCUUUACAAACAGGAUUUCACCAAGAACCUGGGCCUGUGCUGCAUCACCUGCACCUACUGUUCUCAGACCUGCCAGCGGGCGGUCACCGAGCAGCUGGAGGGCAGCACCUGGGACUUCUGUAGUGAAGACUGCAAAAGCAAAUACUUGCUCUGGUACUUCAAGGCAGCUCGGUGCCAUGCCUGCAAGCGUCAGGGGAAGCUGCUGGAAACCAUCCACUGGCGAGGGCAAAUCAAACACUUCUGCAACCAGCAGUGUCUGCUGCGAUUUUACAACCAACAGAACCAGCCCAACCUGGACACACAGAAGGGGCCCGAGAGCCUGCUGAACAGUCAGACUUCAGAUCCAAAACUACCCAUCCCUUCCCAGCAGAAGGCAGAGGCUAAUAUGCUGUUGACAAAGACCUCCCCAGCACAGAUGUCUCUGGCGUCAGCGCCUGCCCCACCGCCUGCGGUCCCGGCCACCCCGCGGAAGAACAAGGCUGCCAUGUGUAAACCACUGAUGCAGAACCGGGGCAUCUCCUGCAAGAUAGAAGUGAAGUCCAAAGGAUGUCAGACGGAGGCUGACUGGAAGCCCCAGGUGAUUGUGUUGCCAAUUCCCGUCCCAAUAUUCGUGCCUGUGCCUAUGCAUAUGUACUGCCAGAAAGUACCUGUGCCUUUCUCCAUGCCUGUCCCGGUACCUGUGCCAAUGUUCCUGCCCACCACGCUGGAGAGCACAGAUAAGAUUGUGGAGACCAUUGAGGAGCUGAAGGUGAAGAUCCCCUCCAAUCCCUUGGAGGCUGACAUCCUGGCCAUGGCUGAGAUGAUUGCAGAGGCUGAGGAACUGGACAAGGCAUCCUCAGACCUGUGUGACCUGGUGAGUAACCAGAGUGCAGAGGGUAUCCUGGAGGAGUGUGAUCUGUUUGGACCAGCACGGGACGAUGUGUUGGCUAUGGCUGUCAAGAUGGCAAACGUCCUCGAUGAGCCGGGCCAGGACUUGGAGGCUGACUUCCCUAAGAACCCUCUAGACAUCAACCCCAGUGUGGACUUCCUCUUUGAUUGUGGACUCGUGGGACCAGAUGAUGUGUCCACAGAGCAAGAUCUGCCUCGUGCUGUCCGGAAGGGGCAGAAGCGCCUGGUGCUGUCUGAAAGCUGCUCCCGGGACUCAAUGAGCAGCCAGCCCAGCUGCACGGUGCUCAACUACUCAUACGGUGUGAAUGCCUGGAAGGCCUGGGUACAAGCCAAGUAUGCAGGAGGAGAGACCAGCAAGGGAGAGGAGCUGCGCUUCGGCCCCAAGCCCAUAAGAAUCAAGGAAGACAUCUUGGCCUGCACUGCAGCUGAGCUCAACUACGGCCUGGCACAGUUUGUCAAGGAGAUAACACGGCCCAACGGGGAGCGCUAUGAACCGGACAGCAUCUAUUACCUCUGCCUGGGUAUCCAGCAGUACCUGCUGGAGAACAAUCGUAUGGUGAAUAUAUUUACAGACCUUUACUACCUGACCUUCGUGCAGGAGCUGAACAAGUCCCUGAGCAGCUGGCAACCCACAAUCCUGCCAAACAACACAGUUUUCUCACGUGUUGAAGAGGAGCACCUUUGGGAGUGCAAGCAGCUGGGUGUUUACUCACCCUUCGUACUCCUCAACACCCUCAUGUUCUUCAACACCAAGUUCUUUGGGCUGCAGACAGCGGAGGAGCACAUGCAGCUUUCCUUCACCAACGUAGUGCGCCAGACCCGCAAGUGCAGCACGGCCCGCGGCGUGACCAAGGUGGUGAGCAUCCGCUACUGUGCUCCUGCCAAGCAGAAGAAAGGCCGAGAUGGUGGCUCUGGGAAGCGGAAGCGUGAGGAGGAGGUUCCAGUACUGGAGCAACGGGAGAACAGGAUGAACCCUCUGCGGUGCCCAGUCAAGUUCUAUGAGUUUUAUCUCUCCAAAUGUCCCCAGAGCCUGCGGAACCGCAGUGAUGUGUUCUACCUGCAGCCUGAGCGGUCGUGCAUUGCUGAGUCACCACUGUGGUACUCAGUGACCCCGAUGGAGCGAGGCGUGCUGGAGAGCAUGCUGAACCGCAUCCUGGCUGUCAGAGACAUCUACGAGGAGCACGGCCGGCCAGGCAGCCUUCAGGACGACAUGGACUGAGGGCAGGCUGCAGCAGGCUGGCUGUGCCCCAGCCCUGCACUCCUCGGUGCCCUGCGCCUGCUGCAGGGUGAGGGCCAUGCGGCAUGGGAGGGGACGCUGCAGUACUGCCAUCCCUUCAUCCUUACCAGACUUGGACAUCCCAUCCAGCUCCUUACAGGCCCCUCCUGCAUAACGUGGCCCCUGUGCUUAGCCCUGCCUCCUGUCCCAACUGCUGAGUGAGACGUCUAUUCUGGGCCUAGUCCUCACAACACAGGGCUGGCAGAGCCCCCAGGGCAGCUCCUAUUGCCCAGCUCUGUCUUCUCCUGCCCCCAGCCCUGAUGCCACUCGCCUCUCCCCCUGCCCCAGGGGAGCAGAGCACCGUCUGGGACCAGCAGCCCCAAGGCUUUCAGUCCCCCCUUCUUCUGGCAUCUCUAGAGGCUGUGGGUGCCAGGAUAGCUCUUCUGUUGCUGCUGGCAGAAAUGGUGAUUUUGAGUCAGUGAGGAAGGGCCACUGGCAGCCUGAGACCUACUGCGUCAGGGGAAAGCCUUGUUCCCAAGGAUGGGAGAGGUUUGGUCUGGCUCUGGGAAGCUGAUGGAGCCAGUGCUGGAAUGAAAGAGCAGAGCCUCAGCCUUGGUGUGAGGACAGCUCCCUGUCCAGCAGCUGGGCUGACUCCCUCAAUUCUGUCCCUGUGUUCUGAGACAGCAGAAAAUUGCUGGAGAUAGGUCUGUACCAGCUUUGCCACUCUCUCCACACUGUCCUAUAUCCUGGUGUAACCUCUCUCCCCAGUGCAAGGUGCCAUCGGUGAGCCACUCCACUCUGGCCAGGGCCUUGGGCAGCUGUUGGCAGAAGCAACUUGCUCUGCUUGGUCCCCCCCUCUUUCCCAAAGCAACUGGGUGCCAGCACUCUGCCCAUGGGGAGCAUGGCUCCAGUUGUGCCACUCCUGCUGCCUCCUGCUCCUCCUUGUGUUCUGACUGGUUUUCUUGAGCUGUACAUGGGUCUCCUGUCGAGCCUGUAUAUAUUGUUCUGGGCCCUGGCCUGGGGCCAUCUGUUCUCUGUGUCCAUGUGGAGAGUGAGCCGCUCACCAGUCUUCUUGUAGUGAUGCCAGGGUGGUAGGACUAACCUCUUGUCUCUGGAAACUUCAUUUCAAAUAAACAUGCAGAAAACUUG